AUGCUUGAGGUAACGACUACAAUGUCUGAGGAGAUGAUGUUUGCUUCUACAGUUUUUCUAUAUGUUUUUCUGGUAAUUGGAGCUGUCUUCACCUUCAUUCUUUGCUGCUAUUGCUGUUGCCAAAAAGAUGAUAAAAAUGUGAAGAAGAAGCCGACUCCUGCUCCGAUCGAGAUUCUAGAGCAGAAAUAUAGCCGUACUGAGGCUAUCAUAAUUUGUGAAAAACCAGAAGUGAAUUCUCUAAAAUCUCUGCCUCAAAGUCAACCAUCGUCUCUUCCUGUCGUCUCGCUACCGCCUUCACUUCCAUCUGAGAGAAGUCUUCCUGUAUUCUCUACUCAACCUUCACGUUCAAUUCUGUCUGAGCCGAAGCAGCGUUCUGUCACUACUGCUCGACUUCCCAAUCCUUCUGAUCAUCAAUCGAAUUCGCCUCCUUCGACCUCUCGAGGAUAUCCUUGUACCCCUCCAUCGUUCAAUGCUUCAUACACCAUAAUUUCUCCAGUGCUGCCCUUCCAAGGCCAACAUCAUCAGCAAGCGUCUACAAUGAAGUCUAAAAAGUAUAGCAACCGAAGCCGACGAUCUUCCAGACGUUCUCGUCGCAAAUAUGGGCGAAAACAUGAUGAGAGUGAUUACAGCCGUCGUAGUCACACGGUACGAUCCCAAUCGAGUUCGCGUAGUUAUCCGUCGGACUGGGAGGAGAGGGGACCGUCUUGGCGUCAAUAUCGGUCUUGGCCUAAAAAGAGGAGCAAUUCGAGGGACAGGUCAAGGAGCAGAAGCCGAUCGAGAAGCCGGAGCAGGGGGAGAGGUGGAAGCAGGAGGAUGAGCAGGACUAUGAAAGACUGGAGAGACUAGAAGCAAAAAAGAAAGUUGAGGGUGAUAUAUGUAUUGAGGAUUGUUGUAAAAUACUUGUAGAUAAAUAAAUAGGUAUAUUGUAAGUAUAUGUUAGUAUGUAUAAUGGUUGUAUAGAUUCUUCAAUUGUUCUAUUAAAAUCCCGAAUAUUGUAUUGUAA